AUGAAUCUGUUGAUCUUUGUCUUCGUUCUGUUCCAGGUUCGCGCGCCACCAGACUACCUUGCGCAGCGCGACGAGCCAGUCGACUUCCCGCCUGCCUUUCCAGUGUAUUACUUCUUCUACAGAACUCUAACCGCCCCGGCCCAGGUGAAAAGGAUUCUCGAGCUGCCGGAGGAGCCGCAACUUCGCGAGGCGGAAGUAUUUGGUUACGCCGUUGCGAAAUGGGGUGAUUAUCCCGCCCUGAUCAAUGGGAAACAAGGGGAUGUGGUGACGGGAUCUGCGUACCUUGUGCGAUCUGCCGAAGAGGCCCAGAAGUUAUUAUAUUAUGAGACGAAUGCCUACGAAGUGGCAGACUGCUGGAUCUACUUCAAAGACGAGAAGGAGCCCAAGGAGGCCGGUGGUAGAGUUUUCAUGUACGCGGGUGAUGCGCAGGCGCUACUAGAGCAACGAUUCGACCGCAAACUCUGGAGUCGGCAGAUGGGAGGGAAAUUGGGGUGA